CAUCGACGCGAUACGGAGGCGGCAAGCGUUCCUUAUCAGUGCAUGCAGCAGUGAAGGUCUCCAGGUCGCUUCUCUCCUUCCAUCCUUCUAUUCGCAGGCCUCGCGCAGUCGACCGAUCCAUCCGGAGGGAGAAUGCGGUCCGGGACGUUCGCGCUCCUCGUCGCGCUUGGAGUCUUCGCUGUCGUGACGGAAGCGGGAAUUCAUGGAUCCUUUAGCCCCGGAGAGUUGGCUCAAAUACAGCCGGAAGGAGGAAUUUUGGGCAACUUUGGAGAAUACAUCUUCGAAAGCGGGGAGAACAUCAAGCUCAUCUGUACUCUGACAGAAGCUGGGUUAUCUGAGGGGCUCAUCACCUCUGACCUCAGAUUUCAGUUUCCCUCUGGCGACGUCGUCGAGCCGAAUUCUACAUGGAAUGAAACUACCGUGUCCUUAAUCAUCGUCAAUGCAUCUGCGAAUGAUUCCGGUCGGUUCUAUUGCGGGAACGUUUCCGACGACAAUAACCUUUCCAUGCUGGACACUGCGGUCUUGGAGAUCGGCUAUCCACCGCUAGAGUUGAAAUCUUGGCGUUGUUGGUCGAUGCAGUUGGAGCUGCUCUAUUGCCAAUGGUCGGAAGCGGAGAAUCCCGUUCACACGGAUUACUUUUUCUACAUCCAGACCGACGGGUCGGUGACGACAGAAUGCCGGCAGACGAACCCAAACUCAUGCGAGGCGACGAAGGGCCAGACUCCUCCUUAUCGACCCGGCGAGACGGAGGCGAACAUCACGGUGAGGGCCGAAAAUCCGCUCGGGAAUCCGGUCUUCAUUUAUCCUUUCGAGCACUAUCGGAACGUCAAGAUCGAGGAAUUGGAGAAUGUCGAGGUGGAAGCAGUGGACGCAGAAGCAUUGGACGUCACCUGGGAUCUCCCGGCUGACUUAUUUCGCUUCAACGUCUCCAUCGUCCAUAACAUCCAGUGGGCAAUCCGACCGAACUGCACCAGGGAUGCCCGUUACGUUAGCGAGACGAAUUACACGAUCCCAGGACAUUCGGAUCAGCAGUCCUGGAACUAUACAUUGACAGGCCUCAUACCGAAUACCAUCUAUGAUGUCAAGAUGAAGGCCAUCGUAUUGGACGCAGAAUUCCCGGAUCUCUGGUCUGUUACUUCCGAGGUCUACAACCAAACCCUGCCAAAAGCACCAAACAGGAGCCCAGGAAUGCCCCCGGGGAGUUUUUACGUAGAUCGGAUCGACGAUAGCCACAGGAAUAUCUACCUUUACUGGAUCCCUCUCAAGGACUGGGAGCGGAACUCCCACGACUUUUUCUAUCUGGUUGAAGGGUUGGAAAUCCCAACAAGAAAGAGGGUCCAGCCGUCAAUCGUGACAGACACGUUCGCCGUCUUCAGGAGCCUUAGCACUGAGCUCCCCUACAAAUUCUCCAUCGUUUCCAGAAACUCAAUGGGAACAUCUCCUCAGCCAUCGAUGCUUCACGUCGAAGAGGAAAAGUACCGUGAGCCUUCUUCAGCAUUCACUUUUUGA